CUGGCAGACCCUUGAGGGACCCACAGACCAUCCUAGUCAGAGGCCGGGGCUGGGGCUGCCAGGCAGAGUAAAGAGCUCCUGGAACCAGCACCUGUGGCCUCGGGAGGAAGGGUGCAUGUGGCCAGAGGAGGAGCAGCUGCACAGAGACACUGCUUAGAGCAUUUCCCAGCCCAGGGCCUCUCCUUUCAUCCUUUUUUGUGUCCCUGGAGACCUAGGGAUUUGUGUGUCAAGGGUACCUAACUUUAAAACCCAUUUCUCUUGAGGUGGCCUUGGUGGCACAUGCAUAUCACAGUGCUCACCCCUUUUGAGGGUAAUAUGCUAACAGUGAUUCCCUGCUGGGACAGUGAGGGGCCAAGGUUGAUGGUUGUCCCUUAGGAUAAAGCUAACGGGGAGGGCCUCAGGAUUGCGAUUCCAGCCCUGCACCCAGCAAAGAUCUGUGAACACCCACUCAGUUCCUUCAGACCUGUAGAAGGGAUUUCUGGAGGGGUCAUCCCACUGAAGAGCACUGGCCAAUGGGAAGCAGAGGAUGAGCACCAGGUGCCUGUGUUGCGGUGCAACCUGGGAGGUAAUGAGCACUUUAGAGACAAAGGCCAGGUCUGGGCCAGGGUGUUGGGGAGCAUUUUCCAGACAGAGCAAGCAACUAGAGCUAAACCUCUGAGAGGGAGGCCCCUCAGCAAGCUGUGAGGACCCAAGGGAUUUGUGGGCCUUGUCAGCCUUUGGUUUUCCUUGUAAGGCAUGCAGUAUCGUGAGGACAUGGGCAGGGGUGAGGCCAGUGGCAAGCUGUGGCCAGACCACAGUGGGAGAGGUGGAUGCAGGCAAAGGUGGCUGUCAUGGUCUGCUACAGAUUGUGGUGAGACACCUGGGGAAGAGUCAGGAACAAGGAGGUCAGCAUCACCUUCAUCAGGGACAGGAAGCAGGAAAGCUGGCUUUCUGGGGUUGGGCAUGGGGCCUGGAACCUCGCUCUCAACAGGGGUGAGUUUCCAGGUAUUUGUCUGAAUCCCUACGGCAGUACCUGGUAGGCAGCUGAGCUGGAAACCUGCCCUUGGGAACAGACCUGGUCCACCAUGGCCAUAAAUUGUGGUUGCACGGUGCAUGUGGGAAGUGGGGAGCCAUGAGACUGAUCCAGGGGCUUGAGCAGGGGCUAGGUGGAGGAGGUACAGGAAAAGAGAAAGAGGAAGAGAAGCACAGAUUCUGAAGAGGGGCAGGAUCUAAGGGUGGGGAAGCACAGGUCAGAUACUGGGAACUGAGGGCAGCUGGAGUGGUAGGCUGUGUGACCCUGCCUGAGGUCACAGCGAGCCCAUGGUGGGCAUGUUGGCCUGGGCCAGAGUGACAGAUGGGACUAGCACUUGGAACAGAGGCUGAGAGAGGCAGGCUGGCCCAGGAAAUCCAUCCCCAAGUCAGGCCCUCAGCUGGCACACCCAUCCUCAUCCUCCUAGGGUACCAGACGCUCGGGGAGGAGUAUGUGGGCAUCGUCCAAGUGGACCCAUCCCAGCAGCAUGUGCCCUCCAGGCUCCGCCGCAGCAUGCUGGUCACACUCCACACAGUCCUGCCCUACCUGCUGGACAAGGCCCUGCUGCCACUGGAACAGGAGCUGCAGGCUGACAGUGAUGGAGCCCGGGCCUUGCAGAGCAGCCUGGUGCCCGGUGGGCGGGGCUGGUCAGGGGCACGGCGCUGGGUACUUCGCCAUGCAGCCUCCCUGACCGAGCAGCAGAGGAAGACAUUGCAGCAGGCAACCUUCAUCCUCAGGCAGGGCCUCGCCUGCCUUCACCGGCUCCAUGUUGCCUGGUUCUACAUCCAUGGUGUCUUCUAUCACCUGGCUAAGAGGCUCUCAGGGAUCACUUACCUCUGCAUCCACCACCUGCGCGGAGAGGACCUGAAGGCACGCGCAGGCUACCGGCUGCUGGGGCUGGUGUCCCUGCUGCACCUGGCGCUCUCCAUGGCACUGCAGUUGUACAGCUUCCGGCAGAGGCAGAGAGCCCGCAAGGAGUGGCGGCUGCACCGCAACCUAUCUCAUCGCAGGGUCUCCCUGGAAGACCGAGCCAUGCCCAGAGCCCCACUGUGCACCCUGUGCCUAGAGGAGCGAAGGCACUCGACGGCCACACCUUGUGGCCACCUCUUCUGCUGGGAGUGCAUCACAGAGUGGUGUGACACCAAGACGGAAUGUCCCCUGUGCAGGGAGAAGUUCGCUCCCCAGAAGCUCGUCUACUUGCGGCACUACCGUUGAGCCAUGCCAGGUGGGCUUCAGGGAGUGGUUGGAGAAAGCAGUUUGUCUUCAGGAUUAGCUAAAUGCACAGAAACUAAGCCUCACACAGGUUCUGCCAGAUGACAGAAGACAGCAGGGCCCUGUCCCAGGGCCUUCAGAACUGUGUUGGGACAGGAGCCCGGGACACCCACUUCCCCAAGCCACAGAGCUGAGCACAAGUUGCAGAAGUUAGCCAGAAAAACUUUAUUCACUGGAGGCUGGACACUCAUACCACGCUGAGCAGAGGCAGGGCCAAGUGCCCCGGCCAGACAGCUACCUCCAGGCCUCGGUGUCAGCUGAACCCACGCACCAGCCAGGGUCAGCACCUCAAGACGUUUGGCACACACUUUUCAGUAUUUGUCCUCUGCUUCCUGCUUUAAGAAAACGGGCGUUGUCUUGGCCUCAACAAGAACUGGGAGGGGCCUCCUUCAGCUGGGCAGGCAGAGCCCUCAGGUUAGAAGUUGUUUCCCAACACUUAAACUGCAUACACACUGGGGUGGGCAGGUGAGCCAGGGCCUCUCCUGGGGCCAUGUGGGCAGGCAGCUGGCUCACCUGAGGUCAGUGCCAUGGCCAGCACCUUCUCAGCUGUCUUUAGCCUGCUUCCUGCCUUGCUUAGUAUUUCCAGGUUUUAAAAAUUAACAUGCCAUAGAUAGCGUGACCUCUGACAGGCUAACUCAACAGAAGACUGCAGAGCCUCUGGGCUGUGUCACUCCCCCACCGAAAAGCCUCAGGGCCAGGAAGGGCAUGCACUUGGAGUGGUACCAGAACUGCUUGGGUGGCAGAGGCCUCCCGGUCCCCACAGAAAGGAGGUCCCACAGAGAGCUGGGACACAGCCCUAAGAGCCAUCUCUUGCUGCUCCUUGAUUCACACCAUUUCCUGUCAAAGCUGAGACCCUCAGCACCAAUCAGGGAAACAAACAAGGACAUCCAGAGUUUGAGAAUCCCAGAUCCUCCCACAUCUAACAAGUACUGAGAAGGUCAUGUGAAAUGGUGCAGCAGAUAUCCAAAUGGCUUGAACAUCGCCUCUCAAAGGAGCUCAAAUCCUGAUGUACAAAAUUCAGCAAAAGAAAAUACAGACAAUUGACACUCAGCAUCAAAAACUACCUGGGCAUCUGAACCAGCAGGGACUGAAGGGGACACCAGGCCGUGUCUUGGUGUCCACACCUGUGGGGGGCGCUGUCGUGCUGCCAAAAUGGUUCACCUCCCAGGGAGGCCAAAGACACUGAGCUUGGGGACUGACUCGUGUUUGAGACGAAGACUACACAAGGAAGGGGACAUUGUCUUUAAUAAAGUUGGAAUUAAAAAGUCAAUUAGUAAAAGGAUUAUCACAUCAAAAAAGCUGACAUGCAGUAGAUUGUUUUCCCCCCACAGAAAAUGAAAAGCCAGAUAAAUCCGCAGGUCUGGUCUGCAUUGACCAGGUCUGGUCUUUCCUUACAGGGGCUGUUGCAUGAGAACAAAUUUAAAUUAAUUAAAAGCAAACUUUAGGUAUCAAAGAAAUAUGUCAAAAUAAUCUCAAA